AUGGCUGACAAAGGCGCCCACCCAGGUGUGAAAAGCCUUCUAGCAAGGUUCGAAAAUAAUCAGCAAAGCACCGCUUCUCCCCCUCCACGAGACCGAUCUCCCGCCGGUUCCGAUUUGUCCAAGGUGCGCGCAAGCUUUGUCGCUGUUGAAGGAGGAUCGCCGUCAGGUCCCGUCCUAGGCUUGCGGCGCGUGAGCCCGCAAAGCGAAGGCUUCCCUUCUCCUUCUAGGGUUAAGAGCUUCAGCUCUGAAGAUCUCGACGGCAGCGUCAAAAGCAAUGGAUCUUCCACCCAGCCGACGAAUGGCUUGGGUACACCGCAGAAAGUGAACGAACCGGAGAAGAAGGAUACUCCUAAGGAUACCGUUGAGGCGAAAGGAAAAGAAAAAGUUGAGGAGACAUCAUCCGCAAACAAGGAGAAUCACCCGGUUUCCACGUCGCCUACGGUUGCGCCUACGAAGUCGACAAAAACAGUCCCAAAGAAACCGUCAGAUGUACACGCCGGGAAGGCCACCUCAACCACCAAACCUGCCUCGCAAGCUUCAUCCAAGAUUUCAAGCCAAUCGCGCACGCCAGCUUCGGCUAAUAGACCUGAGAAUGAAAAACCUAGAACGCGCGUUUCUAGACCCUCUACAACUACUACCACUGGUGUGAAAAAUGACUCAGUGAAAGCCCCCGUCCACAAGUCAAGUCGGGCAUCACUUGCCACGAGCAACAAGGCCCCGACAAGACCGGCAGCUCGCGAAACCACCCGGUCGGCAGCUCGUUCUAGCGAUGUCCGAUCAUCAUCAACAGCUAGGCCAGCUCGCCCAGCAAACUCCGCUACAACGACCAGUACAUCCGCCGCGAGGUCAAGUGCUACUGCUGGGGCUACAUCUAAUCUAUCGCGCAAGCCGUCCAGCUUGAAGAGUGCGACUGGAACUCGCCAACGUGCAAUUACCCCUAGCGCCUCAAGUGUUCGCAAACCGGCCUCGCGCUCCCCUCCGUCAGGAAGCGACCGCUCCAACUCCCGUGCAAGCACUGCCUCUAAGCCAGUUGAUGAGGGAUUCCUGGCAAGAAUGAUGCGUCCCACAGCAAGCUCCGCCAACAAAGCCCACGAGAAGCUGGACGUCAAGAGCCCCCCUCGAACCAAGGUGGCUCGCGCUCCAAGGAGGAUUCCUUCCACUCGAUCUACCCAGUCGACGAAAGAGAAAGUUGCAUCUCACAAGCCUGCUGAGGUUGAAGAACAGCCUGCGAUUCAAUCCGUCGACGCACCGCUUGAAAGCGAACAAAAGGCCGAACCUGAGCCGCAGACCGUGCAGGAAAUCACUCCUGAGCCCUCCGUCGGCCCGUCAGCACAGGCUCCAGAGCCAGCUGUUGAUUCAGCGAAGUCGCACGAAAUUAUCGCUGAGGCGCCUGUGGAAGCCGUUGCUGAGCCUAUAACUGAGCCUGUGGUUGAGCCUACCGAUAGCAAGUCGAACGAAUUAGAUGUGACGCCCACUACGGAGCAAGAGAACACUGAUGAGGCGACCACAGAACCUGCAAUCGUCGAACAGCAGGUCACGCGUGCAGAGGCCACUGAGCCGAUCCCCGAGGACACGGAGGAGAAGACUCUGGCUCCAGCUGCGGAAAUCAUUGAGAAGCCGACUGGAACAGCCAACACCUAUAGUGCCGGUACCAAGACAGCUGAACCGAUUGAAACGGAUGCAGUAGCUGUUGCCGAGGAAAAGAAGCCCGACAUCACCAGCGAAGGCCCUCUCAACUCGAACCAGCCGGACGUUGACGAUAUUGACCUCAGUAAAUGGUCGCUGAACGAUGAUGACGACACCUUUUAG